GGGCGGCGGGCGGGACCCCCCGGCCCCGCGGAGCUGCCGCCGCCGCCGGCCCCGCAGGGCUCCGCGGCUCCGCGCCGGGCGCGCACGCUGCGGCGGGGGCGGCGCCGAGGCAGGUGCCCAGCGAGGGACACCCAGCCCUAUGGGCAUCCCACACAGGACUUCUCCAGCGGUUCGCAGCCACCACCCCUGCACACCUGGAACAUGCAGGGUCACAAGCCCGGGGUGACGGGGUGUUUAGGACUGGGCUACAGGCAAAGGAUAAGGGUUUCCUCCUUCUCUACGAAUUUCUAAUGGCUCCUUUGAGACAAGGCACACGACUCCCCGCUGGGAAGCCUCGCUGAGCUGUGGAGCCAGCUCCUGCUCUGCUGAUCAUGGUCAACAAGACCUUAAAUUACUGGCGUCCCAGUUUUGAGGAGGACGUUAUCAACAUCAACGUAGGGGGUCUGAGAAGGCGGCUCAGCUCCAGCGCCCUCUCCAAGUUCCCUGACACCCGCCUGGGACGCCUGCUCUCCUGUGACUCGGAGGAGUCCAUCCUGCAGCUCUGCGAUGACUACGAUGUGAGUGCCAGGGAGUUCUACUUUGACCGAAACCCUGGUUUCUUCCUCUACGUGCUCCACUUCUACCAGACGGGGAAGCUGCAUGUCAUGGAGGAGCUGUGCGUCUUCUCCUUCUGCCAGGAGAUCGAGUACUGGGGCAUCAAUGAGUUCUUCCUGGACUCCUGCUGCAGCUACCGCUACCACGAACGUAAGCUGGAGAGCCGGCACCACAACUGGGAUGAGGAGAGCGAGGUCAGCAGCGUGGACACGUCCCCCGAUGAGAUCUCCGACAUCAACCAUGACCUGCUGCGCUACAGCACGCUGCGCUGUGGCAAUGUGCGCAAACGCCUCUGGCUCACCAUGGAGAACCCUGGCUACUCCAUUCCCAGCAAACUCUUCAGCUUCGUGUCCAUCAGCGUGGUGCUGGUUUCCAUAGCCACCAUGUGCAUCCACAGCAUGCCCGAAUACCAGGAGGUGGACGAAAAUGGCAACGUGCUUGAUGAGCCCAUCCUGCACAAGCUGGAGUAUUUCUGCAUCUCCUGGUUCACCUUUGAAGUGUCUUCCCGCCUCCUGCUCUCCCCCAACCCCAGGAAGUUCUUCAAGCACCCGCUGAACCUGAUUGACAUUGUCUCGGUGUUGCCCUUCUACUUCACCCUGCUGGUGGACUUGACCAUGGGCAGUGACUCAGAGCUGGGCAACCUGGGCAAGGUCGUGCAGGUGUUUCGCCUCAUGAGGAUAUUCCGGGUGCUGAAGCUGGCUCGGCACUCCACCGGACUGAGGUCACUGGGGGCCACCUUGAAGCACAGCUACCGGGAGGUGGGGAUCCUGCUGCUCUACCUGGCCGUGGGGGUCUCUGUCUUCUCCGGCGUGGCCUACACGGCUGAGAAGGAAGAAGAUGUUGGCUUCGACACCAUCCCGGCGUGCUGGUGGUGGGGCACGGUCAGCAUGACUACUGUGGGCUAUGGCGAUGUGGUGCCUGUCACCGUGGUGGGCAAGCUGGCUGCCUCGGGCUGCAUCCUGGGGGGCAUCCUGGUCGUGGCGCUGCCCAUCACCAUCAUCUUCAACAAGUUCUCCCACUUCUACCGCAAGCAGAAGGCGCUGGAGGCAGCCGUGAGGAACAGUGGGAAGAAAGACCCCGAGGAUGUGGAGAGCACCUCAAGUCGCGACCGAGACUCAGAGGCUCUGAGCGAGACCUCGCUGGACAGAGGCAGCCCCGACCGCCGUGGUCUGACCCCCGGCACCCACCCCACACCCUGACCCCACCGUGCCGCAGCACCGGGGCACGCGCGGGACCUGCUCACCAUGAGCAUGGCGUGGCUGUUGCACCAGGACAUGGCAGAGGAGCCAGGCUCUCCCCACCUCGCAGCGUGCCUGGCAUCACCCCUGCCCUGCCAAGGACAGGAGGGGUUGGAGGAGAUGCCCAGCGGGUGCCGGCUGCCUCCAGCCCCCGGGAUGCAGCCCCCAGGUCUGCCUGGACGUCACCCAGCGACAGCCCUGCUCCCCCCACCGCUGCAAAGGGAGGCUGCGGCGCUGAGGUACCCCUGCCAGAAAGGGAGUGAGGAAAAAUCCUGACAGGUGACCCCUGAUCAGGCACUGCCCUGGAUGCGUGAAGGGGGAUUUUUCUCUGCCCUGAGGUUUUGUGUUGUCCAGGGUGAGGUUAAAUAGCCUGAGGGUGAGGCAGCCCCUGACCAGGCUGACUGCCCUUGCAGCUCCUGUGCCAGGUCAGCAUCAGCUCCAGCCCCAACCUCAUCCUACUCCCAGCUGGAAACAGCCUCGAAAUGCUCAGCUGCCCCGUUGGCCAUGGGGGAAAGGGGGUUGGAAAUGAGCCUGUAUGGGAGGAGAGGUGGUGUCCAGCUCAGUGUGAGCCCCACUGUGCCCAGCCCCUGCAGUGGGAUUGACUGGACCUCACAUUCCUUCCGUUGCAGCGGGGGUUUAAGUGCUCUCCUGCACUGCUGCUGCUGGGACCCCCAAGCGAUCCGGGUCUGGGGCCGUGCUGGGAGGGAGCGCGGCACAGCUGGGAGCACUGUCCUUGAAGGGGGGACACCAGCCAGGGAUGAGCAGGCAGAAGGGACGCUGUCCUCUGAGGCAGGAGAAGCUGGAGGGGAUCAAUCUGGGAGAAUCAAGGGGCUACCCCCAGAGGGUCUGUCCCCCCCAGGCCCUUCGCUCUGGGGGGCUCCCAUGCCAAGGGCAUUUCUUCUGGCAGAGCAGCUGCUGGCACCCAGCCCUCAGGGCAGAAAGGAGGCAGAGACCCUGCAAAGGGCCACCAGGGAGCAGACAUGGGGAGAUGCUCCUGGGCACAGAGAAGCUGCCUCUGCCAUCUGCCAUCUGCCAUUGCCAUUGUGCUCAUGAUUUCCACCGCAGGAAGAGCUGCCAGGGAGCCCAGGGGCUGCAGCACCCCAUGAUGGGGUGGGGGAGAUGACCAAAGCCAGCUGGGUUUGGCACGUGCCCUGGUCUUCCUCACCACAGCCCCCAGCCUGGCUUCAUUCUGCCAUCUCAUCCCUCCCUGCCUCGAGGCCAGGCAGGGGCAGGAGGCUGUAAGGACACCCCCCAUCAUCAUCACACUGCCCUGGGCAUCACCUUGGACCCCACAGGGACCCCAGCUCCCCGGGUGCCGUUGCACUCACCCCGCUGCAGGGAGGGAGCACCCCACAUCCAUGGGACAGCCGGGGCAGAGGGGACCUUGCACCGCCCCUCGUCACCGCAGCCGCUGAGCACCACAGCCGGGCAGGGACAUCUGCCUGCAGCACUGGGCCCCCUUCCCACCCGCGUCCCCAGCCUGGCUGAGCACAUCCAGGGCUGCUCCCAGAGCUGUAUUAAUUCCCUACACAGCUUUUCCUUGCCCCCCAGCUCUCUGUUUGGAAGUCGUGCAGCUCUUCUGUGCACAGAGGAAUACAUCCAGCUCCUGUUCUGAGCAGGAGAAACGAGCACCCUGCGAUCACCUAAUCAGCUCAAAAAUACGUUGAUGGCUGCGGGAUGGCCCCGGGUGCCUGGAUUGUGGGGUUUGCUGCCGGUUGUCCUGGCUGGCUCUUGGCAUAGCCGCAGCUGCCGGUGCUGGCUCUGCCUGUAGUGAUGUGCUGAUCAAACCCCGGUGGGACCUGGGGAAGGGUCCCCAAGGAACAGUGGUGUGGGAUGGGAGGUGCUCACGCUCCUGGCAUCAUUGAGUCUUCCAGUAUCGACAGUUUGUGGCCCGCUCUGUGCUCAUCCUUACUGCGGGCUGGGACUGGUGAGCUGCAUCAUCUGCUCCGACCGGCUCCCGCUGCACUGUUACUUGAAAAAAGGAAGGAGUUUCCUCUUCUCUCCAUAAGUAUUCCAGUAGCAAAAUGUAUUCAAAUGUGAAGACUAAAUUACAUGUAUUAAUUAAAAAGCAUUAUGCAAACAAUUAAGAGCAUGUAAAUUAAUUUUCUAUCUAUGCAUGGGAUGCAUACUGUAUAUUUUAUUAAAGACCUAAGUGACCCGC